CAGGAAUCAAGGAUAUGAGCUGAUCAGCAUGAAGGUCUUGACCAAAAAUACGUCCCAUCCCAUCCACAGACAGACAGACAGACAGACAGCCACUCAUCCAUCACACCGACACCGCAGCCGUAGCCAGCCCCCCCGGGUCAUACAAAAAGGUAGCGAUAGAGGGGCGACUUGGCCAGCCACACAGACAAACAAUUCACUCACUCAGAGACACGCACUCUAGAGGGAGGCGGUUCUCUGGGAGAGCCGAGGCUAGUCGGGCAUGCGCACAUCCCACAGCAAGGUGGCCGCGCCGUCCUUGUCUUCCCCCAUCAGAGCUCGAGCUUGACAGUGCCGCCCUCCGACACGCCGACCGACUCGGACCCCUGAGCCAAAUCAACCUGACCCUGCGCAGCACAGGAGGGCAACGCAGCACCCAUUCUUCGAUGUGCGCAUGCAGUAGUUUGUCCUCACUGACCGUGUUGGAAGCGUCCAUGUCCAACUCGAUCUUCUCGCCGGGUUUGAACGCUGGUUGACCUGCGAGCCAGCCAACACGCAGCAAGAGGUCGGGAUUUAUUGCAUGCAUACGAACUGAAAGUCUGCGCACCUUUGUAUGGGCACCCUGCGCACCGGAAGGCGUCACCCAAAUAGCACUGCACAGUGCAUGAACCACAGCAACCCACACAUGUGAUCGUCUGCAAUCAUUGUGCUUCCAUCUGUCAUGUCGCUAUCCUUCGGGCGUACGUUGCCGCAGGACGACCUGACGCCGCCAGUCUCGAGUUUCUUCUUGGCCUCCUCCGCCCCGAUUUUCUUCUCCAGCUCGGCCCGCCCACACGUGCAGUUGGCGCACGCCUUGGGCUUGGACGCACAACUCUCCUUGCCUGAUGGACGGGGAAGGACAUCGGCCGAUGGACACACACACACACACAUGUAAGACACACACAUGAACAUGAGGCAUGGCGUGUUUGGUGUGAAGUGUUGGCUGACUGACUGACCGGCUCCGAGUGGUUUGUACUCCUCUUUGUCGUCGAUGAGGGAGCUCUCGUCGAUCAACUCCUCCUCACCGGGGCUGUCGACUGACAACCAAUACACACACACACACACACACACACGACGCAUGAAGGGAUGAAGGGAUGGCGUGACACACCGCAUUGUACACAGCGCAUCACUGCUCACUUUUGACGGCCGUGGCGGCGCCCAGGUCCCAGUCCGGCUUCUUGCACACAAACUGACCCACAUGGCGCCAAAAGCACAGACACACUCGAUGGAACACUCUGUGUGGCGGUUGUCGGAGUGUGCUUCUUCUCUCACCUGCACGAUGAACUGUUUGUUGUCAGCCGAGUCCCUCCUGGACACAUCGCCGUCGAUGAACCCGGCGUACAUCGCGUUCUUGCUCACCCCCUCUAUGAAACCAUCAGCCUGAACAUCAUACACACACACACACACACGGCACGUCAGUCAUCCCUCUGCCCUCCCCUCGGCUCUGCUCUUGCUUACGUCGUCGACAACACAUUGGACGGUGCAGUUGCCGCCCGGUUUGAGUGCUGUGAAGCAGCUGGUGAGGAAGACCAAAUCCAGCGGCAGCGUCCCCUUGGUCGCGUAGCACGACACGCCCUCAAACUGAUCACGGUAGCCUACAACACACACCACGCCACACAGCCCACACCGGGAGAGAAGAGAAUCAACCAACAGCCAGCCAUUGUGUUGUGUCUGGUCGUGUGUUGGCGCUCACCAGCAGUGGCGAUGGCUUCUGGUUCGAUGACCGUUGCGUUUGCGGCCCUGUAGUUCUUGAUGAGCUGCCCGCAGCCCUCGUCGCCCGCCGACGCCACCACCAGCAGACGCCCUUUGAAAAUCGACGGCAGGUGCAUUAUCUCACUCCCAAAAUCAGACGAAACAAGCACGGGACAGCUACACCAGCACCUACAGGAGCUCUUGGCAGACAAAAAGCGCAGGGGUUUG